AUGUCGUUUCGGGGUCUCAAUUAUUCCCAACACUUUUCUCCAAAUCUCACCGAACGGUUUUCCUCUUUUGAUUUUCUCGAGAAAAUCUAGCUUUUUCCCGAGAAAUUCGAUUUUUUCUCUCUGAUUAAUCAGUGGAUUACUGGUAACUUCACGAAACGUUAGUUAUGGAUCGGAGGAGGGCGGGCAGCCCAGUGUAUGGUCGCCAGUGGAGCGACACAUCGAACAGUACCGAAUCGUCGUCGCCGACGAUGUCUCCUGCUCACCGGAAACAACUGGGAGGCGUGGGAGGUUUCUCCACCGCCAAACGGUCUCAAAACGUUGCUGCCAAAGCGGCGGCUCAGAGAUUGGCUAAGGUCAUGGCCUUGCAGAACAAAGACAACGGAGACGAAGAUGAGGAAGACGAGGAUGAAGAUCUAAGCCUCAGAUUCGCACCUGCUUCUCUGAAACCCGCUCGUCACGCACCUUCUUCUCUAUCCUCCACUGGGAGCAAUAACAGCAACGGAGAUAGUAAACCGCCGGCUGUUUCCUUCGCUCUCCGCAACAGAUCGCCGUCGCCUGCGUUAGGUAGGAACUUCGUUGAGCAAGUGCCUUCGGUGCGGUCUGCUUCAGCCGGAAGGCCGUCGAUAUCGACUAGAUCCACGACUCCGACUCCUAAUCUAAUGCCCCCAAGCAGGGUGGCGGUGAAAGCUCCGAGUGCUAUUCCUCCACUUGAUCCUCCUACUAGGAACCGAGAUAAAAGGUUUUUUGCUGAUCUACCAUCAGUAAAUUCAAAAGAAAAGGGUGAUCAGCGGGAAGCUUCAGCUCUUCGUGAUGAACUGGAUAUGCUACAAGAGGAGAAUGAGAUUGUACUGGAGAAGCUUCGCCGUGCAGAGGAAAAAAAGGCGGAAGCAGAAGCUAGGGCUAAGGAGCUUGAGAAACAGGUUGCCUCUCUUGGUGAAGGAGUGUCUCUGGAGGCAAAACUGUUAAGCAGGAAGGAAGCAGCAUUGCGUCAAAGAGAGGCUACUCUAAAUGCUGCUAAACAGAAAAACAAUGGGAAGGAUGAUGUACUUGUUUCUCUACGGUCAGAACUUGAGAGCUUGAAAGACGAGGCUACUACCGCUGCAGAACGGCUUCAAGAAGCAGAGUCUGAAGCGAAAUCUCUUCGCACAAUGACUCAAAGGAUGAUUUUAACACAGGACGAAAUGGAAGAAGUAGUCCUGAAGAGAUGUUGGCUUGCCCGAUAUUGGGGUUUGGCUGUGCAAUACGACAUUUUUGCGGAUAUAGCACUAUCCAGGCAUGAGCAUUGGUCGGCGUUGGCUCCUCUUCCAUUUGAGCUUGUCACCUCUGCAGCACAGAAGGCCAAGGAUUUAUCUUGGGAUAAAGGUGGGAAUGAUCGGAAUAGAGCUGCUAGAGAUUUGAGUGAUCUAACUGGAGAAGGAAAUAUUGAAAGUAUGCUUUCAGUUGAGAUGGGUUUGAGAGAGCUAGCAUCAUUAAAGGUUGAGGAUGCUAUCGUUCUUGCAUUUGCCCAGCAGAGAAAACCAAGUUUGAUACGUCAAACUGUUUCUGAUCACAAAGGUCAUGGAGAAUCCAGAUUUGUAGAUGCAUAUGAAUUGGGUGAAGCGGAACAAGAAGAUGUUGCCUUUAAGCAGGCAUGGCUGAUGUACUUCUGGGGCAGAGCUAAGUUACUGGGUGUGGAAGAAGACAUCGCAGAAGAACGUGUCCAGCUAUGGAUCAGCCGUAGCAACGGGAAAUCAACUACUUCUCACGAUUCCUUGGAUGUGGAAAGAGGAUUGAUAGAGCUAAGGAAACUGGGAAUAGAACAACAGUUAUGGGAAGCUUCUCGAAGAGAAAUUGAUCAGCUUCCAUCUCCCACUUCUUCUCCUUCGAAUCACGAUCUCGAUGCUGAUCCAUAGUUGAAGCUUUUUCCUCUCUUGUAAUUUGUUGCUUCUUCCUCACUACGGUAUAUGAAAUUUUCGGUUUGUAUAUUUCUUUCUUUUCAUGCAAGUUUCACGAAGAAUCUGUGUACUCUUUUUUCACACUCCGACUGUGUAAGCUUUGGUAUUCUUAAAUUCGCAACUUAAGUUCUACAA